UCUGUUAUCAGUUGGGAGAUUGUGGUUAGCCUGUGAACCUGCAGAGGGAGCAACACCACUGCCGCACAAGAUCUUCCUCAUAAACCACUGCAAGUCACACACUCAACACUGCUCUUCCAGCCACUGAUUUUUAAAAAAACUGCCAAACUCGAACAGAGAAUUUUAAAGAGCUGUGAAGGUCCGCUGUUCUUUAAAGAUACAAGAUGGUGUUGCAAUGGUGUUUGCUGGUCACAUUUAUUUUGCACAGUACAUCUUCACAGGAAACUGGUGAAACCAUCACAUAUACGCAGUGUACAGAUGGCUAUCAAUGGGAUCCUGAAAAGCAGCAGUGCAGAGAUAUUGAUGAAUGUGAGACAAUUCCAGAUGCGUGCAAGGGAGAAAUGAAAUGCAUAAACCAUUACGGAGGAUACUUGUGUUUGCCUAAAUCAGCUAUCAUUAUCACGAAUAGUAGUGUUGAAAGUAGGAAUGUGCCCACAACCACUCUUGCUCCUGCUUAUGUCCCUGUUCCUACUCGACGGUCAUAUCCAAAUCUACCUCACUUCCUGCAACGGCGAUGUCCACAUGGCUUUGCAUUUAACGAUCAAAACCAGUGUAAAGAUAUCGAUGAAUGUGCAUUAGGAAACCAUAACUGUGGUCCUGAACUAAUCUGUAUUAACACAAGAGGGUCAUUCAGUUGCCGCUGCAGGCAGGGUUAUCACAAACGUGGAGACCAAUGUGUGGACAUUGAUGAAUGUAACGUAGCCACCUACUGCCAUCAUGGAUGUGUCAACACACCUGGUUCUUAUUACUGUCAGUGCAACAUUGGUUUUCAGUUGGCAAGCAACAAUCGCACAUGCAGAGAUAUUAAUGAGUGUGAGGUGGGUUCUCCAUGUGAUCAUCAGUGCUUUAAUAUUUUGGGUACAUUCAUCUGCCAGUGUGACCAAGGAUAUGAAUUAAAUCCAGACAAAGUUACAUGCAGAGAUGUUGAUGAGUGUGCCUAUUCAAACUACAUGUGCCAGUACCAAUGUGUAAAUGAACCAGGACAAUUCUCAUGCAUCUGUCCCGAGGGAUACAAGCUCCUGGGUACCAGAAUGUGCCAAGAUAUAAAUGAAUGUGAAACUGGAAAUGUUUGUGAGGAACAAGAGAAGUGCUGGAACUAUAAUGGUGGGUACAGAUGUUAUCCUCAAAAUCCAUGCCAUGAGCCUUAUACUCAGAUGACUGAAAAUCGGUGUGUUUGUCUGGCAACUAAUGCAGCCUGCCGUGACCAACCUUAUUCCUAUGUGUACAAAUACAUGAAUAUUCGAUCAGAUAGAUCUGUUCCCUCUGAUAUCUUCCAAAUUCAAGCAACAAGCGUUUACCCCAAUACUUUCAACACCUUCCAAAUCAGCUCUGGGAAUGAAGGAGAGUUCUACCUGAGGCAAACAAGUAAUGUGAGUGCAAUGCUCGUUUUAGUGAAACCAUUGACAGGACCAAAGGAGUACGUUGUGGAUCUGGAGAUGCUUACAGUCAAUAGUGUAAUGAACUACCGGACUGUGUCUGUACUGCAGUUGACAAUAGUGGUGGGGCCUCAUCCAUUUUAAUAUGUGCAGCAGUGAUUAAGUACAGCCAAAAUGAAGCAUUUCUUACCACAGCAUUUAACAUUCUGGUCUGAUUAUGUAAGUUGCUUUAUGAUUCAAUUUAGCCUUCACUUUUGUAUUUUUUGUGUCUUUUUGUACAAAGUGCCUUCAGUAAUGAACUUACUAAAGUAAAUAUACAUUAGAAAUUAAUAUUUAAAGCUACAUAAAGCUCUAUAAUGUUUGCUAUUCAGCCCAAAAUUAAGUACUUAAUAUCAUGAUGUACAAAG